AUGCUGGUUUCCAGUACAUCGAGAACACGGCGCUCUUCUAUCGACGACGUGGAAAUCACGCAUCGUUAUCAUGCCAGGCUUCUCACCCAGACACUUGAGCUAUUGUACGGCUCGGGGGUGCUGGUGUUCGCGGAGUACUCGGAGUUCGUCAGUGCUUUCAGCUACGGAUUCUACACGCUGUCCGCGUUCCACUUGCCCAACGCCAAGUACAGUUUGUGCUUCAUCGGCCUGUCUGAUGGGGAGUUCUGGAAUUCUGUGGGAAAUUGUGCCCUAUACGCGUGCUUGGAGGGGUGCACGCUCUACUUCUUCUUUCAGUUGGUGCGCGCGAAAUUCGGCAUUUCGACCUUGUAUCAGCUCGGUUUCGUACUGGAAAAAUACUGGAUGAGCAUCCAAGGGAAGCUCAUCAGCAGUUUAGUGCUCGUUUUCCUCCUCCACACAGUUCAUCAAGGUACGAAUUACUUGAAUUCGAAGUCACAACUGGGAAUUCGUCGCUAA